GAAUCGCGAGAGCUAGUUGGUUCGGCGGUCCGGUUGGGCAGAGUUGGGAAAAAGAAGAUUAGAGGAUCUACGCGUUUUCGCUCUGACUGCGCCACCCGACAUCGCCGCCCCUGCCUCCGUCCUCGCCGCGCCGCUCUUGGGUAUCCCUCGCUCCCUUGAUUCCUCGCUCGCUCGUGAUCCCUCGAUCCCUUGAUUCCUCGCUCGCUCUUGAUCCCUCGAUCCCUUCCUCCCCGGCCUUGCAUCACCCCGCCUCCACUCUCCGUUUCGGUCUUUUUGUUUUUGGCCUCGCCGGUGAUUCUCCCGCUCUCGGCCAACUUCGCAUGUCUGUCUGAGCUGGACGUCGUCUCUGCGUUAGGUGUGAAAUUGAACCGUGUCGAGUUCGAUUAGCUGGCGUCGGAGUGUGCAGUGGGGCACACUGCUGAAUUGAGGUUGGUCAGGCAGUUUCAGGCUUUGUUAACUCCGAUAUGUGAGUUGGUUUGUUAGUGUGUGCGUAAUUUGGAGUGUGGUUUGAGGGGAAUUUUGCACAUUGUGGGUUAGUGUAGCCCAGAGAGUGUGGAAUCGGGAGGUGUUGUUGAGUUGCGGAGUGGAAUUCGGUAGCGUGACUGGGUUUUUUGAGUUUGUUGAGGUGAAUUGGGGUGGCAGAGCAGCUGGGAGUGACUAAAUUCUCAGUCGGGGUUUCCAGAUCUGGUCGUGUUUUCGGGUUGGACCAGUUUUUAGAGCGAGAGUUUGACCCUCGAGAGGGGUGAGAUCUAGUCUUGUAGAGAGCGGCGGGAGUGUGGGCACUCUUUAAGGAUCAAUUGUGGCUCUGUAGCCGUUGUGGAGCUCCAACCUUACUACGAUCUUUUGCUCUGUUGAAACAAUUCCAGUUGGAAAACCUCCGAGUCGUACAGUGCGCAUAAUUGUCUUGAAGAACCUUUCGCAGUGGCAAUCAGUGUGUGUGCAUCGACCAUUUAUGCCUCUGGCGAUCUGGGUGUUGCAUCUCGGAAGCUGGCUUCGUGUGCCAGGGGGGUGUCUAAGAGUCGCGAAAGGCGGCUUGCAAUUUGAUCUUCAAAGGGGUAAUUGUGGAGGUCCCAAGUCAAUGCUGGCCCUUGUGCUGGAAGGGUGCAAUUGGCGGGCGGCAAAUAGAGACACCUACUUGCGUUAGAUAGUGUUUCAGAUCUCGGCAUUAGAAACUUGUGAAGCAAUCAGAAGAGCCAGUGCUUGCUUUUUGAGCAUUACCGACAUUUUCGGAGAUUUUAAGUGGUGGUUUAGAGUAGAAGAUCCACUGUCACAAAGGUGUUUGGCAAUUGGGUCGAAUCCUGAUCUGCAGAGUUGUAGCUGUAAUUUCCUGUAGAAGGAAGCUCAGAGCUGGAAUGCAUCUUUGCGGUUCGCUUUUGAUACAUGAAGGUUCUCUCGGGAGUCAAGUGCGUAAUUGGUAGUGUAGUCGGGAUUGAUGUCUGAAUUUCGGCUAUCAGCGCCUUCAUCAAACAGUAGCCUGACCAGACAUCGCACAUGAAUACCGUAUUACAUCUGGUGGUCAAUUCGAAUCUGGAACCUUGAGCCAUCUCGGACUAGCUUUUGUAGAUCGUGAGAAGGUUUGAGCAUUGAUUUUCAGUCAUGGUGGGUUACGACUUGUCCACACUGCCCCAAAAGCCAGCUUGGUUGGAGUCUCUCUUGGGCGAAAAGUUCUUCGUUCCAUGCGCUAAGCACGGCGCGUUGAAAAAGAACGAGCGAAAUGUGUUCUGCGUGGACUGCAAUGCGGGCGUGUGUCAGCAUUGCGUCCCUGCUCACCAGAGUCAUUGCAUUCUGCAGAUUAGGCGUUAUGUAUACCACGAUGUAAUCCGACUGCAAGACAUCCAGCGUCUGCUGGACUGCUCCUCUGUUCAGACCUACAUAAUCAACAGCGCGCGAGUGGUGUUUCUGAACCAGAGACCACAGCCGCGGCCCUCCAAGGGAAUGGGCAACGCUUGUGGAACCUGCGAUAGAAGUCUGCAAGAUUUGUAUGCGUAUUGUUCGGUGGCAUGCAAGGUGGACGCCGUGAUCAGCAGUGGGGGGGAACUGUCGAGCCUUCUGCCGGGUGAUGGCAGCAAGCCGUACUCGUUCUUCACUUGCUCUCCAUCUCGGACUUCGAAGCACGAACUUGAGGGUGAGCUUCUCACGGAUUCCCCGUUCGAUGUGUCUCCGACACACACAUCUUCAGCUUCAACAGGCAGCGAGGGAGCGGGUUUUGGUGGAGUGGUAUCAACGGCUUCGACUCUUCUGUUGCCCAAGAAAGUGCGGAGUGGGCGUGUUUCGGUGAUGGCCACGUCGCCAAAGUCUGUAAUAUUUCCAGUGUCUGUGAGGAGAAGGAAAGGGACUCCUCACAGAUCUCCAUUUUGCUAGGAAGAUGCUCUUUUAGAGAGCUUGGUUGGAUUCUUCGUCCUCCAUCCCACACAUUUUUUUUGGGUAUCGCUUAGUCGCUUACCUUGUAGUUGUUAUUGGCUUCCCCCUUCCUGGGGAGAGUUUCAUCGACAAAAGCUUCACGUCGUGUCUUACGACUUAUUGGAGUAGCUGAAGCGGACUGUUUUCCUUAGUCCGGUCGAGGGUUAGUCUUACACUGUGGUUGGAAGGAACGGUUCAAUUCUUUUAUGACUGCUAGCUCGGAAAUAUACCUUAACAGUUUACGAACUUUUGGAGACAUACGGGGAGACGAGGCAAUCAGACGCCUCGAUAACCCAACUCAGCCUGAUUUGAAAGGUCUAUAAUUGUGGUGUUUUGGUUUAAGUUUUUUUUCUUUAAUUCUUCCGUGUGCGUUAGGCACCUAUAGUAGUAGGUCGGACGUCCCUUGACAGGACUUGCUCGAGAAGAUAAGCCGAUGGCCAGAGUUUGGGCUUGAAUGGAGUAGAACUCCGAUUUGAAAAGAGAGGACUACAGUCAGGAGGGGACGUGACAUUAGUUGUUGGUCUGUAAUUACAGACAACGCACAGAGAAAUUUGUUCAUGUAGGAGUAGCGUCAAGCAGAUCUUGCUUGUUGUAGUUCUAUUUGUUUCGAGAAUUGGAAUUUGCAUGCUAGCAGACAUGCUAAUUGGUCGUGCUGAUCUUUAAUUUGAGUGCCAGUUUGCUGUUCAA